GUGUUCUUUUCUUGUUGUUUUUUUCUCUGCGACCCUUCAGGAAAAUCAGUGUCUGGCUCCGCCCCCGAAAAACGGUUAUAUGGCAGGUCUAAGCUCUACCACGACAAACCAUGGGCUCUUGAUUGGGUAGGUGGCCUUCAAAUGCCGGGUUGCGGAGCCGUUGUCUUCUUGAGCGAUGACAAUGGCCUGAGUUGGUACUGCUGCGGAGAGGUGGAGAAAUUGGAAGCGGGGAGGUUUACCUACGACGGCAGGAAGUUCAGGACCUUCUUCCUUACGUCUGUCUAUGACAGAGAGGGGAAAAACUGGUUCAAGGAAGACAAGAAGGUGUCUCUUGAUUAUCGGCUCUUCCAAGGAUACGGGGUCAAGGCUUUGUCCAUGAAAGCGUUUGAUGUGCGUGGGAACGGAACAGAGUUCCAAAUGCUGGAUCCGGAAAAGUUUCUUUCCAAAACCAAUGGCUACCGCGUGACUGGGUCCCUGCCUGUCGUCGACAGCGCUUUCAUGCUCAGCAUACCUUUGGUCCAAUUCAACAGCCCGACGGACCAGCUCGCGGCUUUCGUUAUGCGAUACAGGGAAGAGUUCGCGAGGCUGCCUGCUCCCCAACAAGUUGACCGUGUUUUCGUGCCGAUUGACGCCCCGUCUUCGUCGGUUGCGGGGCCCAAACGGCGCCAGGAUCAGCCGGCCAGAGCGGGUGGAAAGAGGAAACAAUUGCCGACUGCCCCGUCUUCGUCGGCUGCGGUUGUCCAGGCUUUGCCCGCUCCAGUAACGCCCUCAGAUCGGCAAGGUCGCGAUGCGGCCGAGCAGUCCAGCGAGGCCACAGACUACGACGAUGGGGCUGUGCGCUAUCGGGCUGGUCCGCAGCAUCGUUCCCAGGGAGGUGCAGGUGCCUUCGAUGACGAGGAAUGCGAGGGCCAAGAUGGAGAGGGCGGUGGUUGGGAUGGGGAGGGCGGUGGUGAGGAGGGGGAGGGCGGUGGUGAGGAGGAGGAGGGCGGUGGUGAGGGGGACGACGAUAACGAAGGAGAUGCUGAAGGUGAGGACGAUGGCAUGGAUGAGGAGAGAGACGAUGUUGGUGAGGAAGUUGAAGACAAUCGCCCCUAUGACCACGCCAUGCGACAGGGAGACGAACCUGGCUCACGGGGAAAGCGAAAGAGGGGAGAGGCGUCGACCUCUCCUGCGAGUCGAACAAAACACGCGAGGGCCGACGCCGUCAAUGAAGCUCGCGGAGCAUUGACGACAUCACAAGAAGCGCGGGCUCCUCGGAAAACUAGUGGGGGGGGCGAAGUGGUAGCCGCGGGGGCGGUCGCGAGGGCGGGUUUCGCCAGGCAAGACGUCCAAGUUGUUAACGUCGACGUUAAUAGGAUCAAACCCAUUCCCCGUGGGAAGAUCCUUUUUAACCACCAUUCGUUGUCUGAGAACAUUGUGAGAGGCAUCGAGAGUGCCAUAGAAAGCUCCAUCAGUGCUGACCCGGGGGUGUGGGAUAGACAUGAGCUCGUUCUUGCGCCGGUUGACCCCAACGUCAUCGUCGGGGGGCAGGGAAGGCGAAUCACGCCGGACGAGUUCUUCCAAAGAGAUUCUGCAGAGUUCGACUGGUACGCUGUCUGCGGUCAGCAUACUGCUGAGGCCAUGAAACGGUUGGUUGGAAGGGACACCCCCGCCGUCAAAGUCUACGACCUUCGCACGUACUCUAAAGUACGAGUCGUCUUUUUCGACGAUGACCACACACGCGGGUACUUCAAUGUCUCCCUCUUCGACAACACACGGGAGAAUCGCGCCAUGAUGUUAUCCUUCCAGUACGCUGUGCGUGAUAUGCGGCAAUGGUGGAUCGACAACAAGAGGAUCGAGGCACCCAAAGCUAAGGUCAGCGAGAAGGAUGCCGUCGCCGUUGCGCACUAUAAAACGUGGCAGAACUUCCUGAGGGCCUGCAUGGGGAAGGCGUGCGAUAAGGCAUUCGUGAAACAGACACUCGACAACGAAUACAACAAGGAUUGGAGUAACAAACUUCGGGGGUACCUGAACCUCGCCACGUCCACCCGCACGGUUUGGCCGCUGGUGGAGAAGUUCUUCGCGAUGUUCGAGGAGGGUAAGCUGCCAAUCGACGACGGCAAGAUCCCGCUUGAGAUGUCGGGGAGGAUGGAGGGGCGCUUGCCCGGCCCGUACACUGACGAGAACAAGGGACAAUGGACUUUUUACCACUGCAUAUAUGCGAGAGAUGGUCCCAAGGGCUCCACCGUGUCGUGGAAGGAUUUGUGUCCUACGUACUUCAAAAACUUCGGGGACAUGACAUGCCGCGAGAGAGAAGUCGCGCUACUUCUGCUCAUGUCGGGGAAAGUGGUGGCAACAAAAGUGAGAGUCACGCCUCUGAGGGUGAACACAGAGUGCCUCCUCGACAUUAUGCGCAAGGAGAGAUACAUGAUCCGCAUGUUCAACUACGUUGUGUUUCGCAGAGGGAAGGGCAGGGGACGAAUGGAACGACGACUUCUUCAUGUCGUACAAGGACCUGGAAGACAGGAGGUUAUGGCGGCGUCCGUCGACAUCGUCGCAGCCGCACAAAAAAUGGCAUGCAGGGCCGCCAUCGUGGACAUCUCGGCCGCGAAUUUCAAGAGUGCAUGGACCUCGCAGGACUUCGAUGCUCUUUACGCAAUGAUGGCGAAGUGUUGUGGUCCAAAUUGGGUCCUCUUCUUCUUUGCACCGCAGAACGUGCCAAGCGAUGUCUUGCGUCAAUUGUACCGUUGGGAGGAAAUGGAGCUUAUCCCCGGGUCAUGGAAACGCGUGGACAGGCCGCUGAGCCACGUCACAAAGUACGGCAACAUCCCUACGAGCAGUCGGGACCUGAUGGCGAUCGUGCUGCACACUGAAGGAGGGGAUCUGAAAAAAGUAACUGUCGCACCCCGACUUCAGAACCAUCUCACCGAAGUGCAUGUUAUGGAGGAAAAGUUCGGGAAGUGUCUUGGAAAACACGGUGGCGUCGAAGGCGACGAAAGUGCUGCAUAUUCAAUUUGGGAGCGAGAACCUGGCAAGGAUAUGUACCACAAGUUGUACCCGAAAAGACAGAAGGUGUGGGAAUACCUGUUCCGCGAUGCGCCGGAUGGACGCCUUGAUGGGGGAUACAUAUAUAGGAAAGCGAAGGUGACCGAGGCCCUCAAACAUUAUCACGGUGCUCUAACUGGCGCCUUUGAGACAUUCAUUGCUCGAUGCGAGAUCUUGAGGUUUGAUCUUCACAAAGAUAAACUGACGUUUAAGGACUAUGCAGACCUCGCUAAAUCGGGUGAAGGCUUUAACCCCGUUGACAGCGAGAAAGACUCGUCGGACUCCGACCCCGAGAUCGAAGAGGACACCAAUGCAACCGGGUGGUGUGGGAAGUCCGCUGCCAUGGAGCAAAGCUUCAAGGGAUAUGGACCGGGUCAAUCAAAGGGAUGCUCGAACCUGCCACCCGCAAACAGUGUGGCCUCGGGUGUGGAUCGGGUUGUAUGUACGCCUGUGGAAGACGAUGAAGACGAUGAAUUUGAUAUUCCUGCUCAGCCAACGAAGCUGGCGCCAGGUGAUCCGAUUCCUCCCAGAUUUUGUGCGGAUCCAAACAAUGUAUAUUUCUUGGAUGACAAAUACCCCUGCACUACUGAGGACAAGUGGAGCCAUGAUAUCAUUUGGCAUGACAGCAUUUUCGAGCCAUGUAUCCAAGGCGGGGAGUGGAAAAUGGCGGUGAAGUAUGUCUCGAAGGGUUGGAGACCGUUUGCCCGCAUGGGAAAGGACAGCUGGCUGAAGACGACGGAGCAAUCAAUACUAUACCGCUGUCAGAAAGAGAACCCCGGGGAGAGUGAAACAUCUAUCGCGGCAAAGGCGAAACAAUUGUUCGACGCCUUGGGAGCCACUCGGCAGUUCGAGUACUCACACAAGUUUUACGAGCUGCAGUUGAGCCCCUCGUAUGGCAAGAUUGACUGGAAGGUUGAGCGCACCGCCGCGCUCGAGAGCAUGGACGUGGACUCCCGAGAAGAUGCCGCCCCUGUGCCCGAGGCGGCCACAGGGAACACGAUGGGUGAACAAAAGGAAGAUGGCGGGACGACGUUGGGCAUGAAGCCUCCGUUGCCAGAGGCGGGGAACACGCCCGCAGACAAAAACACCAUUGAAGCCAUCUCUGUCACAACGGGGGAUAUAUCACAAGGUGAAAAAGUGUCACUCGACAAGCCGGCGGAUGCGGACGUCACAUACGGGAGUCUCCUCGCGACAGGUGCGGCAUUGGCAGGCACAUCGGAGAUGGUGUCAGAGUCCACUGCUGGGAUGGGCGUCACGGGGAUGUCGUUGCAUCCGCCCACAUGCACUAGCAAAUGUGACGCACACUGUACAACAACACCACAGGGAGGGGUCAUAGGGGAUGACGGGAAUGGGGGAAAUGCAAGGGGGUCUCCACGUUCUCGCAAUAUUGAGGACAUGACGACAGACGUUGAGGAUGGGGUAGAAGGCGGAAAGGGCGUAAGCGAUCCCACGAGUGCAGAAAAUGAGGGGUGAGACAGGGAAUGAACUUGAGGGGAAUCC